CUAAACCUCGGAGUACCGCCUCCGCUGCUAUGGCAGCCACGAAGCCAAAAGCUACAACUGUUGCUACAACUCAAGCAAAUAAACCGAAGACAGUAGCAGCUACAACAGCAUUAACGACCACUGGCACAGGUACUACUACAACAACAACAACAACAACAUCAGGGACAGUGGCCACAAGUAAAGCCUUGGACAACAAGAAUGGUCCACGCCAAGCCAACAAAAACGUGGUGGAAUACGAAGAAGAAGAUGACAGAGAAACCUGGGGAAAGAAGAUCGAUUUCCUUCUGUCUGUCAUUGGAUUUGCUGUGGAUUUGGCCAACGUAUGGCGGUUUCCCUACCUUUGUUACAAAAACGGUGGCGGGGCUUUCCUAGUGCCGUACGUACUCAUGUUAAUCCUCGGUGGGAUCCCAUUAUUCUACAUGGAACUGGCUCUUGGACAAUUCAACCGGUCUGGCGCCAUAACAUGCUGGGCUAGAAUAUGUCCGUUAUUCAAAGGAAUCGGCUGGGCUGUGGUCCUCAUUGCUUUCUACACAGACUUCUUCUACAACGUCAUCAUCGCCUGGUCCCUACACUAUUUUUUCGCUUCGUUUACCAGUAACCUGCCCUGGAUCAGUUGUGAAAACUCCUGGAACACCCACCGAUGCUACGACAUUUUCGCCCGUUUCAAGAACGGUUCACACAUUGUGUCGAAUUUCACGGCUGAUAACUUCAGCAUCCCGGCUAACUUCACUGAGGCUCGCUCUUUUGUUAAUAUGUCUGUGAGUUUGACUCAGAACAUAACCAGUGAGAUUCUUAAGUUACAUAUGAACACUAAUAAGUCAGUUUUUCCGGCACAAGAAUAUUUUGAACGGAAGAUGUUGGAACUUCACCAAGCUGAUGGUAUAUUUUCAGUCGGAAGACUGAAAUGGGAAAUGGUUCUCUGCUUGAUGGGAGUCUACGUUAUCUGUUACUUUAGUAUGUGGAAGGGCAUCUCAACCUCAGGAAAGGUUGUGUGGUUCACUGCUCUAUUCCCAUACGUUGUCCUGUUCAUUCUUAUGAUUCGUGGGGCAACACUGCCGGGGGCCCUAGAUGGCAUCAAAUAUUAUCUAACACCAGACUUCUCAAGACUUGCAUAUUCCGAGGUAUGGGUGGAUGCUGCCACACAAGUCUUCUUCUCUCUCGGCCCAGGAUUUGGUGUUUUAUUGGCAUUUGCAAGUUAUAAUGAUAUUCAUAAUAAUGUUUAUCGAGACGCCAUACUAACCAGUAUUGUUAACUGUAUGACCAGUUUUUUCUCUGGCUUUGUUAUCUUCAUGAUUUUGGGCUAUAUGUCACAACACUCAAAUCUACCCAUUUCAGAGGUGGCUACACAAGGUCCUGGUUUAGUGUUCGUUGUAUAUCCAGAAGCUAUAGCUACACUCCCAGGUGCAACAUUUUGGGCAUUGAUAUUCUUCCUCAUGUUGCUUACCCUAGGUCUAGACAGUUCGUUUGGUGGCUCAGAAGCUAUCCUGACAGCUUUAGCAGAUGAGUUUCCAUGGUUACGAAGACAUCGAGAAUUAUUCGUGGCGAUGUUGUUUACCGUAUACUUUGUAGUUGGAUUAGCUAGUUGUGCUCAGGGAGGAGCAUAUGUGGUUCAUCUGAUGGAUAGAUAUGCCGCCGGUUAUUCUAUUUUAUUUGCUGUCUUUUUUGAAAGUAUAACAAUUUCUUAUUGUUACGGCGUGGACAAGUUCUCUGACGAUAUUGAAUCUAUGAUGGGAUUCCGCCCCGGUUUCUACUGGCGGGUCUGCUGGAAAUUCGUAGCACCUGUAUUCUUAAUGUUCAACAUAAUAUUCGGUCUGGUUGCUUACCAACCCCUAAAAUACGACGACUAUGAGUACCCUUGGGCGGCUAAUCUGAUUGGUUGGUGCGUUGCUCUCUCCUCUAUCCUCUGUAUUCCAGGAUUCGCUAUAUUUGGUCUGGUCACCACACCCGGGACAGCUAAAGAGCGCUUCAAAUACUUGUUGACUCCCGUACCUGAGAAGAGACGGAAAAAAACAGGUAAAUCCAAGAAGACAAACACCCGCAUAAAUGGAGGGAGCGGAGGAAAAGCUGAGCAGGUGUGAAUGAAAAAAAACAAAACCAAAAACAAGCAAAAUUAAAACAAACAAACAAAAUAAUAAAACAUUCAAACAAAAAAAAACAGAUAAAAAAUAACAUACAUACAUAGAAAUAACACACACACAUAUAUAUAUAUAAAUAUACAUAUAUAUGUAUCUGCAUGUGUGGGUGUGUUUGUACGCACAUGCAUAUGCAUAUAUAUACAUACAUGUAUAUGCAUUCAUAUAUAUAUAUAUACACACAUACAUAUGUAGAUGAAGAAAAAUUGAAAAAUAUAAACAACAAAAACAGAAAAAUUGUUACAAAGCACACAAACAAAAGUAAAUCUAUAUGGAUGUAUAUCUAUAUCUAUCUAUAUAUAU